AUGACGGCGUCUGGGGGCCACACAGAGCGUCUGACGGACAGCCCACCUGCCACACGCACUUUGAUCUGUGCUCGCUGCAAACAGACCAGCGCCGAGCAGCCAAGCACCAGCAUUAGUGCUCUUAACUACACAACAACCACGCAGACCAGACAGAAGGACCCCAUCACUGAUUACAUCUCCUACUCCAUCUCCUACUCCAUCUCCUACUCCAUCUCCUACUCCAUCUCCUACUCCAUCUCCUACUCCAUCUCCUACUCCAUCUCCUACUCCAUCUCCUGCUCCAUCUCCUGCUCCAUCUCCUGCUCCAUCUCCUGCUCCAUCUCCUGCUCCAUCUCCUGCUCCAUCUCCUGCUCCAUCUCCUGCUCCAUCUCCUGCUCCAUCUCCUGCUCCAUCUCCUGCUCCAUCUCCUACUCCAUCUCCUGCUCCAUCUCCUGCUCCAUCUCCUGCUCCAUCUCCUGCUCCAUCUCCUGCUCCAUCUCCUGCUCCAUCUCCUCAUCUCUGCUCCAUCUCCUGCUCCAUCUCCUGCUCCAUCUCCUGCUCCAUCUCCUGCUCCAUCUCCUGCUCCAUCUCCUGCUCCAUCUCCUACUCCAUCUCCUACUCCAUCUCCUACUCCAUCUCCUGCUCCAUCUCCUACUCCAUCUCCUACUCCAUCUCCUGCUCCAUCUCCUGCUCCAUCUCCUGCUCCAUCUCCUGCUCCAUCUCCUGCUCCAUCUCCUGCUCCAUCUCCUGCUCCAUCUCCUGCUCCAUCUCCUACUCCAUCUCCAAUCCAUCUACUACUCCAUCUCUUACUAA